AUGCCAACAUCAUCGGCUUUACCUCCUCCAUCCAACUCAUCUCAACCGCCAACACCAUAUCAACCUCAAACCGAUCCUUCCAAUUCCCCCUCAACAUCAAAUAAUCCGCCUCCACAACCGCCACCUUCCAUGCCCACUUUUGCGAGUAUCAAUUCUGGAUCUUACCCUUCGACCAUGAUCUCUGGACCAUCUUAUCUAGGACCAAAUAACCAUUACAUGUAUCAACAACAACAGCAACAGCAGCAAUACUAUCCACCUCAACCACCUCGUCACGCACAAGCUCACAACUUGCCUUAUAAUUCAUCAGCACUAUAUAACAAUCAUAACAUCAAUCGAUUUCAAGAUCAAUCAUAUAAUUCACAUCAGCAUCAACAUCAAACGCAUUUCGCACCUAUCUAUCAUCAGCAAUCUUAUGGCGGUUAUCCUGCGAUAUCAAUGAAUGGUGGUGGCGGUGGGGGCGGCCCAGGACCCGCUACUAUGCAGAAUGGUUACGGAGGUGGUGCCAGUGGAUAUCAAGUGGAAGCUUAUCAACAUAUUCCAUAUGGAGCCUACUCUCAACAAUACCCCGUACCUCCAGAACCGUAUCAACAGUAUCCCACUCACUCUGGUAGUAAUGAAGAGGGAGAGGGGAUCGGAGGUCCCCAGCAACUGCCUGUCCCCCCAAUAACGCAUAUACCACCCAACUUUCCCACACACGAUCUUGGCAUUAAUGGCCAUGCUUUACCACCUCUACCCCACCAAUCAUUCCAUCCUGCUUACCCACCCAAUCAUCCUUAUGCUUAUGGUGUAGGUGUCGGUUAUCCAGGCUAUCAACCACAACAGCAACCCAUGACGUAUGGUGGAUACGGUGGAUAUCAAGAAGGAUACAUACCACCUACUUCAGUAUCAAGUAGUAGCAGUAGAAGCUUUGGGAAGAGCCUGAAUCCCGCGGCUGCAGGGUUUAGCUUUACUCCUUCGUCAGCACCGGGGUCUCGAGCAAAUUCACAACCUUCUUUCACACCAUUACCCAAUGAUAAUCCUCGCAAUUCCGCCUCAGAACAAUCCUCUGAACCGACUUCUGCGAAUUCUAACAACCGCGAACCUCCGACACAGCAAACGAUACCUAACGGUCAUGCAGAAUAUUCAGAAAACAGUCACAUUGACACUAAUAUCUCGUUUGGCGACGAAGCAGGAGACAUUUCUUCGCAUAGCGGAUUGGGUCUCACUACUCAAUUGGAUACAUCCGUAUCAUCAUCUGCGCCUUCCACUAAUCCUAACCAGUCAUCUUCCACCACUAACGGCACCGCAUCUACGGCUGCCACUACCGCCUCUUCCCCUGUGUCACUCCGAACACCUAAAGCACCAGAAGCAGACCUUCCAACUUUGACAUCGCCCAAAUCCCUGCAAACACAACAAGAAGGAUUUAAUUUUGUCGGAGAAGGUCUGGCAGGUCUCACAUCCCCUACUCCUGGAGUCACAGCGCGAAGCAUCUCAAUUCCUUCGACAGGGUCUUCCAGCUCUAAUGGCAAGAAACGUGCAUCCAGAUCCUACUCUACUCCGGUCGGCCCCCUUAGAUUGUUUUCUUAUCGACCGGAUCAUGUGCAAGAAUCGGGAAACACCUACUCCGCAAGUGCACGAAAAUGCAUUCCCAAAUCCGUUAGAAUCGAAGACGUGCGAGUCGAAGAUGAGAAGAAGACUAGGAAAUCAAAUAGAGGCAAGCCAGAGCCCAGUAAGAAGAAGGCAAUACUUAUCGUGGGAGACCAAAACAAGAAGUAUCUUCAGCCUCGGGGGUCCAGGGGAGACCACAAAUUCAUCUUUGGAGAAGCGGAUCCGUUAGAUCUUGAUAUCCCCGCUGCUGCGAAUUUGGUUAAGGCUUCGGAACCCGAAAUACCGUCUCCCAUGCCAGAAACCAAAGUCUCUACUCCUCAGCCUGAACCUUCGGUACCGCAGCAGAAAGCAAAACCUUUCAGUUGGGCAUCACUUGUUCGUGGACCUGCGGCCUCAUCUUCCUCUACACCUUCAAAACUGCCUUCGCCAGCUAAAUCAACAAUCUCGCUUCCAGCUCAAGAGAGUAAAGCUGGACCUUCUCGUCUACCUGUCUCUGACGUGUCUCCCACUUCUCCAUCUUCUGUCACAGGCACUCUAACUUCUCCUCCCCCUGUGGAAAAGAAAAAAGCACCGUUCAAUUAUGCUGCUGCUGCUGCUGCAGGCGCAGCCAUGUCGCCUCAAGAAGAAUUGGCGAAAUUGUUGAGCGAAGGUGUAAAAGGAAAGGGAAAAGAGACCGGCCAAGCUACUGUACCUAGAGGUCUAAUCAACACUGGUAACAUGUGUUUUGCCAAUACUAUCCUUCAAGUCCUCGUAUACUGCUCACCAUUCACUGAACUUUUCGAAGAGCUUGGUAAACGAUUAAAAGCUGAUUUGGCUAGAAAGACGCCGCUUCUAGAAGCUAUGAUCAUCUUCCUACGCGAAUUCAAUGCGCCUUUCCCACCUCCAUCUGCGCCUGUAUUUAACGGCUCGUUACCCAACGGCUCAGGUACACCAAAAGGAAAAGGUAAAGACCCCAGAAGAGAAGCAUUCAUACCUGAGAAUGUUUACGACGCAAUGAAGGAGAACAAGAGGUUCGACUCUAUGCGACGUGGACAUCAAGAAGAUGCCGAAGAGUAUCUUGGGUUCUUCCUAAACACGUUGCACGAAGAAUUGCUUUAUGUCUUAUCUCGAACACAAACGACUCGGCACGUUUCUAACUCUUCAACAAACGGUGACAGUGAACAUCGACAGAUUGAAAGACCUGUAUCACCUGGAGCGGGAGACGAUUCGGGAUGGUUGGAAGUAGGAAAGAAACAAAAGACCCACGUGGUACGAGCCACAGAAUCAAAAGAAUCUGCCGUAUCAAGGUUAUUUGGGGGAACUAUCCGAAGCUUGUUGAAAACUCCAGGAUCAAAGGACUCAGUCACAUUAGAACCAUUCCAGCCUCUCCAGCUUGAUAUACAAUCUCCUAGUGUUCUCAACAUCGAAGACGCCUUGAAACAUUUGACUGAACCCGAAACAGUUGGUGGGGUUUGGUCUUCGACGCGGAAUAUGCAGGUGGAAGCUACAAAACAAAUGUACAUUGAACAAUUCCCACAAGUAUGGAUAUUACACCUAAAGAGAUUCGUCUACGAUCCAACGGAACAUUCAGUCGUAAAAAGAAAUAAAGCUGUUGGUUAUGGUAUAGAUUUAGCUGUUCCUCCUGAAAUAAUUUCACCUGGUAGACGCGGAGCGGGUACAAUCAAGUAUCGAUUAUUUGGAGUCGUAUAUCACCAUGGUGCCUCAGCUUCAGGCGGUCAUUACACCGUAGCUGUAUCUCGUCAAGAUGGAGCAGGCUGGAUUCAUUUCGACGAUGAGAAUGUGACUAACAUUCCUAAAGAAGAUGUAAUUGUAUCGAAAGAAGAAGCUGAAAGUGGAAAGAUGGGUUUAAUUGGCGGAAGAGAAAAAACGGCAUACCUCUUAUUCUACCAAAGAAUUAGAUAA